GUCGCAGACAAUUCGAUGGGAAUCUACGAGAUAAUUUCUAUUGAUAUUGCCAAUCUUCUCUAUUUCAAGGAACAUACACAGAGUCACUCGCUAAGAAUGCUUCAUAUAUCAGAAACAACCCUGGAUCGACACGCGAGAUUAAUUUCCUGAGCCAGGACGUCAUCGAUCUGAGAAACAAAAUAAGCUUCCCAUGGUUGCGCCCUUUCGAAACAACAUAUCCAUUGCCGAACUAAAAUUAAAUCCGCUAUAGCAGAACUUAUAUAUUAUAUAUAUACAAACCCAUACCCUGACGAGGUUUAUGCAUAUGACCAGCUCAUCUACGGACAACACCAGCGAUGUUCUCCGUCGUCCUCCCCAGCCGGCCCUGCCUCACCGACGUGGUCCCCUUGUCCUCAGACCCCACCGUCCCCGCAAACAACUUCGCCUUCACCUUUCCCGCCCUCCCCAAGUUCUCGCACAUAGUCAUCUUCCUCCUGCCCGGUGUCGUUUUGCCCCCGGACACCGCAGCAGCGGUCUACAUCCAAUUCCCAAAGGACCUCAUCCUCAACCCUACCAACACAACUACCGCGACUAGCGCGGCCCCGGAAUUUAAAUUCCUGGGCGCAAUCGCCAAUGAGAAACCCUCCGCCAUCUUCAGGGUCAGUUUCCCCUCCGCCCGUCGACGCACGGAGGCAGAAGAGGAAGAUGAAAUGAUGGACGAAGGCGCCACCGUCCCCGCCAACCCAGCGGAGAUAAACCCCAACGCGACGAUAACGCUAGGCAUCACCAUCGAACCCGUGCAGGCCGUAGCGUCGAAGAUGACAGACCUGCAAAACCAGGGCCAGAACCAGCUGCAAAGAUCGUCUUUCCCGUCCUCGGUGGAUCUAGUGAAGAUGUCCGCGGGCCAACAGGGCGCGGGGGUGGUGACUAAGUGGUCGUCGGCACCCUCGACCAAAACACUUGCGCAGCGGAUUAUUGGUAAUGCGUUUAAUUAUUUGGCUAGCUUUGCGGCUACGGAUCCCAGGGCGCCGGGUGAGGAGGUUGUGCCGUUGAGAGUGUUUAGGGAUUGGUGGACGAAGUUCGAGAGCAGGAUUGAUUCUGAUCCGGGAUUUUUGGAGAGGCCUGAUACUGUGUAAUCCCUUUGUAUUUCCUUUUUAUUCCCCUGUCUUAAUAAGUCCGUUUGAGCAAGGCUCUGGGGUUCCGUGAGUUUUCGAAUGGCGGGAUUACGGACCACGGGUUUAUGGAUUACGUUGCAGACCUUCAUUAUAUCGCACGAAGGGCAGACAUAGCAUUCUGUCUUAUUUUAGGUGCACCCCUCCGCAUUUGAAGGGUUGGUAAAGCUGGAUAUUGGAGAGCCAACAUUGAAUGAAUACAUGUGCAUAUGGUCAGACGAGGAAGCUGCAUUGUGGAAAGUAAAAUAAUUUCCUUUUAACCUACCUAUCAUAGUUUGCUGUACAGCACAGGACAAUGCAUUUAAAUAUCUAGGUAUCUAUAAACAUGGAAUUUAAAAACAAUAUUCGGCAAUGGAGCCAGACCAGGGAUGUAUAAGAGCAUCUAAUUCUGAUCCAUGGAUAUCUAUGUCAUGUUCCUCUCAGCGUGUGGCGGGUUCACAACCUCACGAAAGCCCUCGCUGCUCAUCACUCAUCUCUCAUCAGUGGAUCAAGAAUUCCAAAAACGUCUUCCCAACUACUAGGCCGUCAUGUUCAUUCCCAACAGUAGCCAAUCCACCCUCAUAGAUCCCCGUGGGAAAGAUUCCCGCAUCCCGCCUCGCAUGAAGAAUCUCUGCCACAAUGUCCUUGGUGAAUUCGGGAUGACCUUGGACGGAUAUAAACCGGCCGGGAGAAUACAUGCCUUGUACAUCGCAAACUGGGGAGGAGCCCAGCAGAGCAACGUUCGGAGGGCAGUAAUGGACUAUGUCGCGAUGCAUUUGCUGAAGGCGCUGUUUUGGGGGUUUUUGGUUAAUAGGCAGAUCUUAGGUUUGAUUGGAAGCAUUGCUGAACAUUUUAAGAAAGGGGGGAAGAUAAAUAAAAGAGACGAAGGGGAAAGGAAAAAAAGGAUCCACCUACCAAUUUGGUAACGCCAAAUAGCUCCUUCCCCUUAUCUGUGAGGUCCAUUUCAUGCACUGCAACCUCCCAGCCACGCUCAUUAGGGCCGACCUUUGCCCCCAGUGCCCUUCCGAGGAUUUGGUGGCCGAAACACACACCGAUGAUGCGGACCCGAUCCUGCGCGAGGACCUUGGAUGUGAAUUCGACUAGUCUGUUUAUCCAAGGAAUAUCGUCGUAGGAAUUAUGUCCUGUGCAAUUUCUCAGCUCGUUGAUCAGGAUCAUCAUUGCCGGGGAGUGGCAAAUAAAAUCAAUAUUUUUUUAUACUUACUGGAUCCAGUUAUCAACACGGCAUCAACGUCCUCCAGGUUCGGGUAUUUAUCGCCCUCCACGACAUCCCACUUUGAGAUCUCAAGCCCCGU